CGCUUUUACGGCGCUUUUCGACGCUUUACGGCGGGGGCAAAAUGGCGGUAGCGUCGCCCUUCAGCGGCGUUCUGCAACUGACUGACCUGGACGAUUUCAUCGGCCCCUCGCAGGAAUGUAUAAAACCAAUCAAAGUUGACAAGCCUGGAAAAGCAGCAGCUAGGAUUCGUAUUGAAGAUGAUGGAACUUAUUUUCAAGUUGGCCAGGACGGUGGGCCACAAAAACUGGAAAAGGCCAAGAUUACUCUUAAUGACUGCUUGGCCUGCAGUGGUUGCAUCACGUCAGCGGAGAGCGUCUUAAUCACUCAGCAGAGCCACGAAGAGCUGUACAAAGUGUUACAUGCCAAUAAGGCAUCCAAUUCUCCCAAGAAGUUGGUGGUGGUGUCUGUAUCUCCCCAAUCCAGAGCUUCUUUAGCUGCAAGAUUCGGAAUGACUCCUUUAGACACAGCUAAGAAGCUGACAUCCUUCUUUAAGAAUUUAGGGGUACAUUUUGUCCUUGAUACAACUUUCACCAGGAACUUCAGUUUGCUGGAGAGCCAGCGGGAGUUUGUGCAGCGUUUCCAGAGACGAGCAGAAGAUAAGAAAUCUUUGCCCAUGUUAGCUGCUGCUUGUCCUGGUUGGAUCUGUUAUGCUGAAAAAACCCACGGGAAUUUUAUCAUCCCAUACAUCAGUACUACCAGAUCACCCCAGCAGAUCAUGGGAGCCCUGAUUAAGGACCACUUUGCCAAACAACAGUGCUUGACACCAGACCAAAUCUACCAUGCCACUGUGAUGCCUUGCUAUGACAAAAAGCUAGAAGCUUCCAGGCCAGAUUUCUUCAUUCAAAAAUACCAGACCCGUGAGGUUGACUGUGUGAUUACAACAGGAGAAGUCUUAAAGCUGCUGGACGAGGAAGGAGUAUCCCUUCUUGAAGUGAAUCCCAUGCCUUUGGAUAGCAUGUUUGGCAACUGUUUGGAAGAUCAGCUCUUGGGCCAUCCCGGAGGUGGCUCUGGGGGAUAUUUGGAGCACAUAUUCAAAUAUGCAGCCAAGGAGCUUUUUGGCAUUCCAGUUAAGGAGCUUCAGUACAAGACCCUGAAAAACAAGGAUUUUCAAGAGGUGACGCUGGAGAAGGAUGGCCAGACCCUCCUGCAUUUUGCCUUGGCCUAUGGAUUUCGGAACAUCCAAAACUUUGUGCAGAAACUGAAACGCGGAAAGCUGCCCUACCAUUACGUGGAGGUGAUGGCUUGUCCCUCAGGGUGCUUAAAUGGAGGGGGACAGAUCAGAGCGGAAGGGGAAUCCAGCAAGGACCUGCUCCAUCAUGUGGAGAGACUCUAUGAAAUGGCCCAGCCGGAAGACCCCGAGAUGAACAAAGCCAUCAGCGACCUCUAUGACCAGUGGCUUGGUGGUCCCACUUCUCCACAGGCUCAAGAUCAUCUCCAUACACAAUACCAUGCUGUGGAGAAAGGCAGCACCAGCUUUAAUAUUAAGUGGUAAAUUGGCUCAGCUCGUGUAACGUAAUACACGGGUCCCCAACACCCAGGUCAUGGCCCACAAGCAGGCUGUGGCCUAUUCACAACCACGGUUGGGUGAGUGGCAGACUGCACACAUGUGUAGCUUGACUCGCACAAGCGGCGAGCCAGCAUGCACGCAUGAGCAGCUUGCAAUCAAGCUGUUUGUACCAGCCCACUGCUUGUGCAGCCUGGUUCUCCACCACCACCACCCCAAAAUCGGAGCUAUCAAGUUGCAAAAGUUGGGGACCGCUUGAUGUAGCACAUCCCUUAUUGCUGCAGACAAAGCUGAAAGUUUCAUUUUUAAAAGAAUGGUAUCAAAGAUUUAUAUUUGAAUUCUCAAAAAUGAUAAGGUAAAGCCUUGGCUUCACAGCAGACGAAAUCCGUGCCCUCCACUGGAUUUCUUAACCUCAUCAGAUCUUUGAGGCAGUAAAUUGGACCGUUGUUAGUUUAUGCUUUCAACAGCUUCGCCCCUUUUUUCCCCUACUCCCACAAAGUUAGAAUUUAUGCAAGGAGCUCUUCUGAAUAAUUGCAGGAGAGCAAAAUGGAACCAGGCUGAAUUUGGCAUUUGAGGAGAAGGGACCAAAUGUUUUUUAAAAAAGGAAAUAAUUUGGAACUCUGUGAGGCUUAUGGAGAGAGAAAAAAAAGUGGAUGGGUGGGGCAUUGAGUAGCACCAUUCUGGCUUCCCCUCCGGUUAUGUGGCACAAAGUGGAGCAUUUGCAGCCUUCCCUUGUCCAAGUCCACAUGCAACAUAAGGAGGGGGAACAGAAAUGCAGACUCCCACUCUGUUGAGGUAUAUAUCACACAGGCGGUGUAUGUGAACACUCAACAACCAUCAAUAAAAUAAGAAAUUGAUCACAGAACAUAGAA